AAACAGUGGGAUUUGCUUUCAGAUUACAUGACACUUGAGUGAUGGCCGCACUAAGGUCUAUGUCUCGCAGGUCAACCCAACUGUCGCUCACUUUCAUUCGACAGUUGGAGACCCCCAGCAUUGUACCAGUGUCGGCAGUACAAGCAGAAAAGGGAAAGGCGGCCACAAAAGAGGACCUUGUUGAAAUUAUUAGACCCGUGGGGAGUGCGGCAGGUGCCGCGAGUGGCGUUCCAGAUGAGCACAGAUUGGAGAGGAGAGUGCGGAUCUACCAGCCUACUAAGAUGGCCACCCAGAGCGGAGACUUCUCUGCCGGAGUGUGGCUGAUAGACUACGAGAACAGACAGCGGUGGGAGAAUCAGUGCAUGGGAUGGGGAUCCACUGGUGACCCGAUGUCAAAUCUUCUGGUUAAAUUCAACUCAAAGGAACAGGCCAUACAGUUUGCAGAGAGCAUGGGGUAUACUUAUGAGGUUGACGAGCCACUGACUUCGAUUGCGAGAGACCCGAGAAAGACCUACGGAUCCAACUUCUCGUGGAACAAAAGAACUCGUACCAAUACAAAAUAAAUUCAAGUAGUUUCUUAAAGAACUAAUGUGUUUAUACUGAUAGAAGUAUGAAUCUGGGUCAGUUUUAAAGUUAAUAUGAAGCAUUUUAGAAAUAAAUUUGUAAACAA